CUUCACAUUUCAUAGUUUUAUCAUAUACAGCACACAAUGUAUGCACCGACACUCGUCCUGUUUUCAGUAAUUCUUACUGAGUUAGUUUUAGGCGAAAGAACUGGAGCUCCACAACAAAGUUGUAAAACAAUGACACCAGGACAUCGUGGCACGUUUAUUCCGCUGAUUCCCAGACAGAAACAGCCGAGCGGGUAUUCCCUCGAUGCCAAAUUGGAGAAAAGCUUGAAAAUGGUUCGUGUAACCGUGAGCGGCAAAGCAUUGAAAGGUUUUCUCAUCCAAGGCAGAUGGAGCGAAGACGGUCCUGCUGUUGGCAGUUUUCUUAAUAUUACGGAGGACCUUGGCGUUAAGUAUCAAAAUUGCUCAGAUUUCAAGUUUCAUCCAGAAUCGAGCGUGACUCACACGAAUGACUCUGAGAAAGAUAAUUUAGUUUUCUACUGGCAGCCACCAAAAACAAUGAACAAGGAAAAAACCAUCACAUUCUUUGCGACACUGGCCCAAACUAAAGAAAGGUUUUGGGUCAUGCAGGCAAGUAACCCGUUAAAUUUGGCCGUCUUGGAGGAUGACACGUUCCUGGCAACGAGACCACCAAGUAAAGGGGUAGAACAAAAUGAAAAACCCACAACGACAAGACCACCGAGUGAAGGGACGAAACAGAACACUAUUGAAAUUGUUGUGUCGUCAUCCACACCCACAGAAAAUAAAGGACCAAAGGCGGCUUCAUCAGGUAUUUCAUUGAUAAGUAUAAUGCUGGUAAUUGCUAUGAGAAUGGCACUGGAGAUUUAAAUGUACAAUACAAUCAGCUGCUAUGAAAACAUUAAUGGCUACAAAUACUUUGAAAAUUAUAUUAUUAUUAUU